AUGGAGCUUCUGGAGUGUCCCAUGUGUGACUUCACCGUGCUUCAGAAAGAUGACUACAUUCUGCAACUACACUUUGAGCAAGUGCAUACCGAGAACUCUCCUUUCGUGAUCGAAGACGACCCAGAACCGUUACCCCCUUCGUUGCCCCUCAGGCCUUCCUCGCUCCGCCACGACACCGAGGACACGCCUUCCUCCGACGAUUCGGAUGAGGAGGAAAGCACUACAGUGUGCCCUGACCCCAACUGCGGCGAAGUCGUUCCUCUCUCCGAACUCAACGACCAUCUCGAAUACCACAACGCAGAAACUUUAUCAUUUGACGAGACUACAGGAAAGUAUCAUUCUCAUCAUUCAUCCGCUACUAUGCAAGGCUCGACCUCAUCUCGUCGUUCCCAUGCGAGUCAGGCAAGAACCACAACAUCCGAGCGAAGUUUCAGCACAGACUUGUCAGAUGCUUUGAAGGGGACUGAUGCUCACGGCCGCAAAUCGAAGAAGCAUCCACAUCGGCAUCGGCGCGACACCGAUGAGAGCGCGAAGAGUACCAUCGGAAGGAGUAUUCUAGGCUUUAAUCCUUUUGCGAAACCCGACAAGUCCGUCAAGCCACCGAUCAAAAGUGCCCGGCUAGGUAAAUCCGAACUGGGACCUUACGCUUGGGAGAAUCGAAUGCCUAAGUGGCUGCACGAUCAGCUGGAUGCUGGCCCCAAGAUCACUGCCGUCAACCGCAUCGGCCGAGAUGGCCGCCUCAUCAAGCAUGAUCAGGUGCAGAACGAGACGCCAGGCAUCAUUCCCAUCCUCGCGCAACUCUCUGCUCUUGAUCGGACCGUGAAGGAAGCAUAUUACUGUCAUCCAUCGACACUCCACGUUGGUAAAACCCCAAGCGAAGGUGGCUUCUGCGGUUACCGGAACAUACAAAUGCUGCUAUCCUACAUCCAAGGCGCCAAGGCUCAAGGCUACGAAGAAUUCCCAGGACGGCUGCCGACUAUUCUGAAGAUGCAAGAUCACAUCGAAGAUGCUUGGGAUAAAGGCAUCAAUUCAAUCGGCCGUGUCCAGACUGGUGGUAUACGUGAUACUAGAAAGUACAUUGGCACACCAGAGGCUCAAGCCUUUUUCCUCAACUCGGAAAUCAACUGCGCUGUCGAGCAGUUCAGCGACAAUAAAGAUCGCGCCAUUGCGGCCCACGAGCUUCUCCUCGCUGCCAUGGAACGCUAUUUUGCGCGAGCGGCUGCCAGCGACGGAUCCAAUGUCUCCAAGACUCUUCUACCGCCUAUCUACCUUCAACAACCAGGACACUCGAUCAGCAUCGUCGGGUUUGAGCGCCGCUUUGACGGCUCAUGCAAUCUGGUCGUCUUCGAUCCCAUGUAUCUCACAAGUCCUGCAAUGCAUAAGCUGCUUGGCCGGAAGAACAUCAGGACAGCUCGACCUGAGGUUCUGUACGCAUAUCGUCGCGGAGCUGGGAAGCUUAAUAAAUACGCUGCUUACGAGAUUCUGAUGCUCACUGCGUCACCGCCUUUGUUUCCCGCUUGGGAUGUACUUCGUCAAUUCCCCGAGUGCCGCUUCGUGUACGUCUUCUUCCGUGCACGCACCCUUGGAUACGACGUGUAUCCAGAAGACUAUUUCCUACGAAACUUUCCGUGGCAACAGUACGGCGGACUGUGGUCUUGCGACGAUGCUCGGUUCGCCCGAGCGGAGCCGAUGAACCCACUCACAGCUCUGGCUCUACGUCGUAUCACGGGCGAAGGGUCUUCGAGCUCCAGCAAUACCAAUAGUCCCACAAGUCCCACAAGCUUCUUCACAAACAGCUGUUUUCAGCACAUGCCAGCAGACGAGCAUGAUCGACUUCCUUCAUGGCUGGGCUCGCUCGAUGGUUCGGCGAAUGGCUUUGUGAGCCCACCCCGGUACGGCGGCAAUAGUCCUGUUUACAACAUGGGUACAAUGAGCGCUGCUCUGCCUCAGCCUAGAGCAAUGAAACCACAACUGUCACUUCUGACGGAUGUUGGAAGAAAGUAUCCUGGAUUCCCCACGCCCUUGUCCCCUACCCUGCCAGCAAAGGAGGCUUACCCUUCGCCUGCAUCUGACGCUGGAAACAGAGCUGCAACACCUCGCGCUAUGAGCCCUGCAGUGCGUACAGUGAGCCCGAUGAGCAUCGACGGCUCAGCCACGUGCUGGCCUUCCCUUCGUUGCGAGCCUCAUGGAUAUGCUCAGCAUGCGUCACAGAUGGGUCUCGUCGACAAUGUACUCUUGGGUCCUCAGCAGAUGCGUAACGGAUGCCGCACUCCAUCAGCAUCCUCGCAAGUAAUCACCGGUCUCGCGAGUCCUCCUGCCAGUCCAUCACGAUGUGUAUCUCCGCGUACGACCAUGCUGAAGAAGUUCGCCGGAAAGCAAGGUCACCAAGACCUAUCGCCAAAGUCCAUGCAGGACCUAAGGCUUGAACUCGAAGUCCAUCCCAGCGCUCGCAAUCACAACGCAUACCCGGCGUCUCCUCCUUCAUCUAUUCGCUCUUUCUCGUCAGCUUCCCACCGUCAGCCGGCAUCGCCUUCUUUUGCUAUUGCCAACGGCGUGGAGUCGGAGGCAACGUCGCCCAUUGAUCCCUCCGGUACCAUGCUCUUCUACACAUCUAAUCGCAGCGUCGAUUCAGGUCUGCUCGGCGUCUGCCCGCUUUCUGAACCCCAGGUCGCUGAAUACAGAUUCUGGCGUCCUUGCGGCCGGCGCAUCUGUGGGUUUGGAUGCGGAGGCGCGAAUGUAGGCGAGGCGGCAGCUGCAAAGCGGCUAUUCCGACAAGUCGAGGAGGUCAUACCCGAGGUGGAGAACGAGGUUGAUAACGACGAUGCAAGAAUGGCGCAGAGUGAAGAGCACGAGUAUGGUCUCGAUGGUCAGGCCGACAACAGUACGGGUGAUGCAGGUCAUGCCAAUGGAGACGGCCAGUUCAGCACGAGCACUUGGGCAGGUCGUCGACUGGUGAUGGACUGGAACCAGUUCUUGUCAGGCUGCGAGAGGGAUGGCAUCGCGCAAUUCUGA